AUGCAUAUAAGGAACAACCCAAAAGGGGAGUUAGUGCCUUUGAAUACUGAGUUAGAGAAGCUAGUACGAGAAAACAGAAGGUUGAAAAGAGAAGAACAAGCUGCUCAAGAAGAGGCCAAACCCAUCAUCCCCUGUUUCGUUUUUCAAAUGUCGGACGACGAAGACAAUCGGCAGCCGCUGCCACCACCACCACCAAGAAGGACCAUUAGGGAGCUCUCAACGUCCCUCAUAGCUGGAGGUAUUCCAUCAUGCAUUCGUUACCCUCAACCGGCUGAAGGAAAGACAGGGAAUUUCGAGCUUAGGACUAGUUUUCUCCACAAGCUGCCCACUUUUCACGGGUUACCUAAUGAAGAUCCUAAUUUGCAUCUCCAAGAAUUCCAAUUUAUUUGCUCAAGCAUGACACCGGAAAAUGCAGAUGAGAAUAUCAUGAAGAUGAAGGCUUUCCCAUUUUCUCUCGCAGACAAGGCCAAGACAUGGUUGUAUAGGCUUCCAAAUGGCUAUAUAACCUCGAGGGAUAUCAUGCACAAGACAUUCUUGGAGAAGUAUUUCCCCACUUCAAAAAUUAUUGCAUUGAGGAAGCAAAUUACCGGAAUUCAGCAAGGAAUGGAUGAGUCUUAUUCUGAAUACUUUGAGAGGUUUCAAACCUUGCUUACUCAAUGUCCUCAGCAUGGUUUGAGUGAGGAUAGUUUGUUGACAGCGUUCUAUGAUGGCCUCAUACCUAUAGAGCGAGAUAUCUUGGAUGCAGCAGCUGGAGGAUCAUUUAUGGACAAGUACAAUGAGGAUGGAAUGAAGCUUAUAGCAGAUCGUGCAUUGAAUGCACAACAAUUCAAUAAUACCUCAAGACGUGUUCAAACUUUCUCUUCAAAAGGAGGUAACGAUUCUGAAAUUAAAGCUCAAUUAUCAAAUCUAACGUCUAUGUUAUCUCAGGUUUUGGGUAACAAGAAGCAAGGAGCUGCAGCUUGUGGUGUGUGCUCAAUGGAAGGCCACCAUACUAAUCGUUGCCCUCAAUUAUAUGAGGAAGAAGAGGUACAAGUUGUGGGAAAUUUUCAGCAAGGAGGACAACAUGUAAAGAAUGAUCCAUAUGCAUAUUAUCCUGGCUCAAGAAAUCACCCAAAUUUUCGGUGGAGUAACAAUGAUAAUGUCUUGGGCCCUUUUCAAGCAUCUCAAAGCAACAACCGUCCACCUCCAGGGUUCACUCAAAGUCCUCAAGGGGGAUUUACACAGAACUCUGCACCACAUCAAGCUUCUAGUUCUUCAUUGACUCCAAUCUUAGAUAAGUAUGACAAGAUGUUCGAAGGUUUGACAUCCUCUACUCAACAGCUCAUUCAAUCGCAGCAAAAUCAGGGGAAGGAAAUUUCAGACCUCAAGAAACAAGUGGGAGAAUGUGUCAACAAGUUGAAUCAAUUGCAUGAUCAAGGGAAACUUCCAAGCAACACGAUACCAAAUCCAAGAGGAGGGUUUGAGUCAGCCAAAGCAGUAACAACACGAAGUGGAAGAGUACUCAAUGACGUCCCUAAGGCACAGAAGAAGGAAAAAAAUGUUUCUAACCCGUCCAGGAUUGAAACUGAACUUGCAAUCCCAGACCCAGCGACUACGAGGAUUGAAGACUCAUUGCAAUCCCCAACGAAACCAGAAACCAAAGGUAAAAUUCCUAACUCUUCAAUUCCGGUUCCUACUAAUCCUCUUUCUUCUUGUCUACCUUUUCCAAGUAGAUUUGCUCACUCAAAGGAAGAAGAAGACAAGGGGGAUGUUUUGGAUAUUCUCUGGAAAGUUCAAGUCAACAUUCCUCUCUUGGAUAUCAUAAAACAAGUGCCAAAGUACGCCAAAUUCUUGAAGGACUUAUGCACCAAGAAGAGGAAGUUCAAGGGGAAUGAAGUAGUAGAUCUUAGUGAGGAGGUGUCAAGUAUUCUUCAACGAAAGCUUCCACCUAAGCUCAAGGACCCCGGACAAUUCACCAUUCCAUGCACAAUUGGUGUAAAGAGGUUUGAUAAGGCUUUACUAGAUUGA